AUGUCGUCCUUCUCUUCGCAACCCGUCGUCAUUGACGGCAAGGCCCACCUUCUCGGUCGGCUUGCCUCGAUUGUGUCGAAGCAAAUCCUCAUGGGCCAGAAGGUCACCAUCGUCCGAUGUGAGGAGAUCAACGUGUCGGGCUCGUUCUUCAGGAACAAGCUCAAGUACCACGACUACCUCCACAAGCGCCACAUUGUCAACCCCACCCGUGCCGGUCCCUUCCACCACCGCGCUCCCUCCAGGAUCCUCUACAAGGCGAUCCGCGGAAUGGUCCCCCACAAGUCCGCCCGUGGUGCCGCCGCUCUCAAGCGUCUCGAGCUGUACGAGGGUGUCCCCCCUGCGCAGGACAAGGUCAAGAAGGUGGUUGUCCCCCAGGCGCUGCGUGUGCUGCGAUUGAAGCCCGGACGGAAAUACUGCACGCUCAAGCGGGUGAGCCACGAGGUCGGAUGGGCACACAAGGACGUUGUGGACCGUCUUGAGGAGAAGCGGAAGGCCAAGGGCAAGGCGUACUUUGAGAGGAAGCAAGCCGCGCUCAAGCUCCGGGCGAAGGCAGACUCGUCGGUCCCCAAGAACGAGAUCCUUACGAACUUCGGUCACUAG